AUGGCUCUUCUGCAGCUCCAAAGAGCAUGUGAGCGCUUCCGGUCACACUUGUCGGACGAAGAGACGCGGCGAGUGGAAAAUGUCAAGAGUGUGGAAGAUGUUCGCGAGGCUAUCACUCAAAUGGAGCGCUAUCUCGCCUCCCGUCAAAAGUUACGAAACUUCGAACGGCUCGUACCUUUUCUCGACGCAGCUGAUCGUUUGACAAAACCCAUCGACGUCCUAUCUAAUGGCGUUCCGUUCCUGCCUUACAUAUGGGCACCUCUCAAGCUCAUUCUCCAAAUAUCUCAAGACCACACGCAUGCAUUGGAUGAGAUUCUCUCUGCUUAUAGUCGGAUUGGGGCCUCACUUCCGCGUUUCUCUCGGUACGGCAAUGCGUUCCCAGACAGCCACGACUUCCAGCAACUGCUGGGCCACAUUUACGAGGACAUUAUCGACUUUCACUGCCAUGCUUACCGUCUGGUACAGAAGCCGGAUAGGGAGGCAGCUUCCUAUGAGAUAGUUCAAGCUAGAGAAUUGCGGCAAAAGCUUUUGGAGGAGGCUCAAGACCGAGAAAAGAAAGAAGAGAUCCACCAGCGCGAAGCUGUCAACAAGUGGCUUCAAGUCUUACGGAGCAUAUGUGCCCAGAUCCUAGACCUUGUUCCGGAGACGGCAUCGUCCAUGUACAAAGAGUGUGUCGUUUCUGGAAAAACACCUUCAACAUCAUUUCUCAAAGAGUUUGUCCCAAAACUUUUUGGGUUCUUCGAAGACUUGCGCCUGAUCAUCGAUGGAAUCGAUGAGAUUGGGUCAUCGGAACAUGGAGAACUGAUCAAGACCCUGGCAAAGCUGGCAGAGACGCAGGGAAACUUCAGGUUGCUCAUAUCUAGCCAGGAUAUACCGAGCAUAGCGAGGAAACUGAAGGGCAGACCAACACUGAUAGUUGGGAAGCAGUCUGCGUCUGUUUGUAAGGAUAUUGGCUUGAUUGUCUCAAGCCGCCUGGAAGCCAUCAAUGAAGGGCUAGAUGGUCGAGUCCCCGAAUCGGUGUUCACUGAAAUUCGGGAAACAAUCCUCAAAAGAGCAGAAGAGGACGGUCCGGGUGCAACCAUGGUAUUCAUCCACGCCACAGUACCCAAUGGGCCGUUCAUCAACAAGGAAGAUUCUUGCCGAGAUAUCACAACUGCCUGUAUUGCGCAGUUGACACAGAGCUCGGCUCUGGCCGACGAAGCCUUGGAACUCCAGCAGCAUCUUUAUUGUGUUGCACAGGGUUUCUACGGACUCCUUCCCUACGCUGAUGAAUACUGGAUUGAGCACCUACUGGAGUACCUUGAGCUCAGUCAAGGGUUCUGCACACCCGAUUCUUCGAGAAUACAAGGACAACUCAAGGCGCUUGCUAGAAAUUGGAUCGACCUGGUGGGAGAAGAGUCCACGCGAACCUCCAAUGCGGAAAGCCCCGAUUCUCGUUUGCAUUGGUUCGAAAGCCUCCCCUCAACGAGAGCACUAAUUCAGGAAGCCCUCGAACUCCGCAAAGCAACAAAGGAGUCGGUUGUUUCUCAGCAGAGUCCUCAAGAAACAUCGGACUACAAAAGCUCAGUAGCAUCCGCGCCUUCCCCAUCGUCUGCGUCAACGCCCGCUGCAGUCCAGCAGGCACCCCAGGCGAUGCAGCUGCCUGAGAUGGAGGGAGGGUUCCUGUCCAAGCCGCAGUUGGGGGAUCCAAUCAGCCAACAGGUGCAGGACGCUGCGCAGCAGCAGCAAAUACUGCCAGGAGUAGGAAGCCGGGCUGCUCCCGCGAAACCUGCUCACCAGGGACUGAUGGAUGAUAUGGAACUUAAGGAAACCCUUAUUCUUACAUUCAGAGCUCAAUUUAAUGCCCCUCCCGAAGUUCGGAAGUGGAAAGACAUUUGGCAGUGGCUUGAAAUACAUCCCAUUCAGCCCCAGAUACAACAGCAGCUUGAGAGGAUCCAGGCUGAGGAGUUCUCGACACGUAUGCAACAGGAACAGGAACAGCACCGGCAACGACAACUGCAGCAGCGCCCGCCGCAAUUGCAGCAGAAUGGCAUGCCUCUCAACAUGUUUCCUAAUCAGGAUCCUCCAUUUCAAGUGACGCCACGCGACGAUGAAAACCCUUCCUACCGAGACCCUCGCUUUGCGGACCUCCCAAGCGACUACUUGGAGCACCUUACUGCUCCGAUGAACCAAGACAGCAUAGCCGACCAUUUUCGUUUUUAA